UUCUCUUUCCUCUGUCUCCGUCCGCGGCCAUGGCACGGGCGCCGGAUGGGCUCGGCGUGGAGUGCGCGAUCGACCUCCUGAACGAGUGUCCGGAGGUCGGCGGCCAGCACCGCUGCGUGCGCCCCGCGGCCGCGGCCCCCUGGCACGAGGAGGCCGUCCCCAGCCCGUGGCCGCAAGAGUUCCAGUUCCAGCCGGACUGGCACCAGCGCCGCGCGGCGCUCUGCGUCGACCGCGAGGAGUCCGUGCUGGUGGUGGCCCCCACGUCGGCGGGCAAGAGUGCGAGCGCCGAGUACGCCCUCUGGCGUUGCCUGGAGCGCGGGGGGCGCGCGGUGCUGGCGAGCCCCGUGAAGGCGCUGUCGAACCAGAAGUUCAUGGAGCUCACGAAGGUGUUCGGCGGACGCUGGGCAGGCGACGUGCGGCUGGUGACAGGGGACCAGACCAUCGGGCGCCCCGGCUCUCGCAUCCUGGUGUGUACCACGGAGAUCCUGCGCGCGAUGCUCGUCCAUGAGGAUGCAGCCCUCGAUGACCUCGGCGUCGUCGUCCUGGACGAGCUGCACUACCUGGGCGACACCGACCGUGGCCACACGUGGGAGGAGGUGGUCGUGCUGCUGCGCGGUCGCCGGGCCUCUCUGGUCGGUAUGUCCGCGACGCUGCCCAACGUGCUCGAGGUGGCGGGCUGGCUGGCCCAGCGCCCAGUGCCUCUGAGGCACUUGGCCAUGCCGGGCCGCCUGGGGGCUGGCAGGAAGCCCGUGGAGUUCCUCAGCAAGGACGGGUUGUUCUCGGGCCAGGCGCUGCGGAGGGUGAUGGAAAGGCUGCCGGAAGCGGGCACGGCAAAGAAGACGACCAUCCGCCAAGAGCGGGUCCAGGUUCUGGAGAGGCUUGUCAGGCGGCUUCAGAAGUGGAAGGCCCUUCCGAUCAUAGUCUUCUGCUCCUCGCAGGACGACUGCAUGUGGCUGGCAAAGGAGUUCGCCAUGCGGGGCGAGCUCCGGCCCUGGCAGGGGCGGAAAGUGAGCACGCGACUGAAGUACGUGCGGGACUGCCUGCAUGAGACGGACAGGGACCACCCCCAGGUCCGGCGGAUCAUGUCCUUCCUGAAGAAGGGCGUCGGGCUCCACCACGGAGGCCUCUUGCCAGUUCUCCGGGAGCUGCUCGAGCUCCUGUUCCGCGACGGCUGCGUGAACGUGCUCUUCGCGACCGAGAGUUUCGGCCUGGGCGUGAACAUGCCGGCCCGAUCGGUCGUCUUCAGCUUCAGUCCCAACAGCUGCUUCCGCAAGUUCAACGGCGAGGUGAUGCGAUGCCUGAGCUCCGCGGAGUACACCCAGAUGUCUGGGCGAGCCGGGCGCCGAGGCGACGCGCGCGAGGGGCUGUCCAUUCCCAUACUCGACGCGCGCAUGGAGGUCGAGGUCGUGAGGAAGAUCGCGGGAGCGCCCCGGGCCCUCGACCCCGUGCAGAGCCACUUCCGGGUCGACGAGGCGGUGGCCUUGCGAGCCCUGCGCUGGGGGCGUGGCUUCCUCGACGACCUGCUCGCCAGCAGCCUGCUCCAGUUCCAGUCGUGCCGGCGCCACGGCGGCGGGGCGGCCGCCCCGGGCCCCGCCGAGGAGGCGGCGAGGGCGCAGGUGGACGCGCAGCUGCGGUCGCUCCGCGCGCUCGAGCUCUGCGACGAGGCGGGCGGACUGACCCCCCGCGGGGAAGCGUUCUCGAACCUGGACGCCAAGCGGCCGCUCUUCGUGGGGGCCCUGCUGGAGGACGCGCGCAUCGGCGCGGCGUCGGCCCGCGGCCUGGCGGCGCUGCUGAGCUGCUUCGUGCACGACCCGGCGGGCCGGGAGCUGGACGUACCAGGGGAGUUCGAGGACCUCUUCGGAUCCGCCGAGAGUGUGGUCCAGGGGGUGAUCGACAAGUGCGCCUGCUGCGUGCCAGACCAGCGAGACGGGGCGGGGCCCUGGCUCCGCAGGCGGGCCGGCAUGGCCGAGGCCGUGGCGCGCUGGUGCGGGGGCGCGAGCUUCGGGGAGUGCCUCGGCCACGUGCACAGCAGCGUCACCGAGGGCGCCGCGGUGAUGACGCUGCGGCGCACCCACGCGCUCCUCCAGGACUGCUCCGCGGUGGCGGCGCAGCUGCAUAACAAGGCCCUGGCUGCGAGCCUGCAGGAGGUGGCCCAGUCGGUGCGCAGGCCCGCGCUCCUGCCGUUCCUGCCCUCCCUGUACAUCCACGAGGCCCUUGGGCCAGAGGCGACCAAGGAGGCCCUCCGCGACGAGGCCCGCGAGGAGGCCCUCCGCGACGAGGCCCUCGAGGCCCUCCGCGACGAGGCCUUGCCGCUGCGGAGCCUGUCGCGGUCCGCGCCCGCGCCGUGUCGCCACGGGCCAGGCGACGAGAUCUACAUGGACCCCUGCGACAUCGGCUUCUCCCACGACCGCAUUGGCUCCCGCUUUCAGAACGGGGGCUGCCUGCGGCAGGCGCUCCACGACCUGCUGUCUGGGAGUCUCAGGAAGCGCAGCUUCCCCAUGGUUCGGGUGAAAUGGCACCGGGGACGCUUCUUCACGCUCGCGAACAGGCGGCUUGCCGUGUUUCGGCUGCUCAAGUUCUACCAGGCGCCAGACCGCUGCCACCUCGUGAAGGUCCGCGUCGCCUCCGACGAGGAGGCGGCCAAAUGGGGCUGGGAGAAGAAGUUCAGCAGCGGCACCUAUCGGGGCAGAAUGGCGAGCACCUACGACACUGGGGAGCUCGUCGGGGAGACGCUGAAGCGCACCACCUUCCCUCUGGAUCCGCCCGGGCCCGAGGCGCGCGCCGCACGGGCAGGCCAGGGGUUUUGGCAGCUGCUCGGCGGCCUGGAGCAGGCGGCCCUGGCCAGCGAAGGGCCGCCGGGUGCGGCAGCGGCAGGGCCCCGUGACGAGGCCGAGGCGGCGGAGGAGGCCAGGGCGAGAUCCGCCUCGCCCAUCUCAUCUCGAGACCGGGUCCGACUCCGACGCCGACGCGUACGGGCCCGCCUCGGACUGCAGCGGAGGGAGGAGGAGGAAGAGGAGGAGAGCAGAAGAAGCUGA